GUCAGAGGCGGCGGCGGGGCCGGAGCAGCGGGGCCGGAGAGGACAAGAUCACGGAGGGAGGGCAGACACCGAUCGGCCGGCAGAGCCCCGCACACCUAGCAAGAUGCUGACCUGGCGGCUGCAGACCGGGGCUGAGAAGGCCGAGCUGCAGGAGCUCAACGCCCGGCUGUACGAUUACGUGUGCCGGGUGCACGAUCUGGAGCGGGAAAACCUGCAGCUGGAGGCGGCGCUGCGCGGCCGGCGCGGGACGGAAGGUCUGCGGGCGGAGGAUCGGGCCCGCUGCGCCGAGGAGGCGCGCGUCCUGCGGCUGCAGCUGGACGAGUUAGGCCGGGCCACGGCGGUGGCCGCAGGCGAGCGCGACGCGCUAUGGCGCGAGCUGCUGGAGCUGCGGCGUCUGGACGCGGAGGCUACCGACGCCCGGAGCCGCCUGGAAUCCGAGCUGGGCGCCCAGCAGCGUGAGCUGCAGGAGGCGCUGGGCGCACGUGCCGCCCUCGAAGCCAUGCUGGGCCGGUUGCAAGCCGAGCGCCGCAGCCUGGACGAGACCCACGAGCGCCAAGUGCGGGAGCUGCGCGCUCUCUCCUCCGGCCUGACCAUGCACUACCGAGCCGCCCGCGGCCCCAGCCCCGCCGCCGCCCCGCCGCGCCUGCGGGCCGUGCACGACAGCUACGCGCUGCUGGUGGCCGAGUCGUGGCGGGAGACCGCGCAGAUGUACGAGGACGAGGUGCGCGGACUGGAGGAGGCGCUGCGGCGCGGCCAGGAGAGCCGGCGCGAGGCCGAGGCCGAGGCGCGGCUGUGUGCGCAGGAGGCGGACGCGCUGCGGGCCCAGGCGCUGGAGCUGGAGCAGCUGCGCGCACAGCUGGAGGACGAGCUCCUGCGCAUGAGCCAGGAGUACGGGCUGCAGGCCGAGGAGCGGCAGAGGGUGAUUGACUGUCUGGAGGAGGAGAAGGAAGUCCUCACCUUGGCCAUGGCUGACCGACUGCGGGACUAUCAAGAACUUGUGCAGGUGAAGACCAGCCUUAGCCUGGAGGUGGCGACUUACAGAGCCUUAUUGGAAGGAGAAAGCAAUCCGGAGAUAGUCGUCUGGACAGAGGAAGUUGCAAACAUGCCACAAGAAUUCAGAAACACAUCCUAUCGAUAUACCGACUCAUUAUUACAGAGGAAAAAUGAAAGAAAUGUGCUUCUAAAACAGAAAAUACCUCUGCCAUCUGUAAAUCACAGCUCGGCUCUGUAUUCUAACAGAGCCAGGCAUCUUGGGUCCCGGACAGCCACAUCUAUCGGAAGUGCUCCCACCAGAGGAGUCCUGACCCUAGGCUACUCUUCCUCUGCUACCACCCGGCAGGAAAAGGCUGAUGAAAAAACCAUCAAGAGUCAGACCAGUUUCAGAACUCUCUCCCCAACCCACGGUCUCGGAAGAGAUUCAGAUGCUCACAUGAAAACGUUUCCUAGUAAACCAAAAUCAGAAGGUAGAGACAUCCUUGCUCGUUCGGCCCACGAGUCACUCCAAGAUGGCAGGGUGGGAGCCACGGAGCGUACUCGGUCACACGAGAGGACUGUCAUUCUGGGAAAGAAAAUAGAAGUGGAAGCCACCAGGGAACAGGAAAGAGAUAGACCAAGAAUUGUCCAAAUGAAACCAGAAGAGAAACUGUUCGAUUCUAAAGAGAAGGCUUCUGAGGAAAGAAACCUAAGGUGGGAGGAACUAACGAAGUUAGAUAAAGAAGCGAGAAAGAGAGAAAGCGAGCGAUCGAGAGAGACAGCCAAAGGGAAGGAAGCAUCGAAGGAGAAAGAUGUCAAAGGAAGAGAGAUCCCGAUAACGCUAGAAACUUCCCAGGGCAGCCAACCGGAAGUGUCCCCAAAAGGUCUCCAGGCACUCAGAAAGAAGGAUGCUGGUGACAGCUGGGACACAGCAGCGGUAAAGAGAGAGACCAAGUUCCGGCUGGACACCAGCCAUGCGGCCAGCUCUCUGCCAGGCGAUCCCAUGACGGAAACGAUUGCCGAAAACAUCGUCACCAGCAUCCUCCAGCAGUUCACCCAGUCUCCUGAUGCAGAAGUAUCUGCCGAUUCUUUCCCAGACACGAAAGUCACUUAUGUGGGCAGGCAGGAGCUUCCUGGGGGCCAGAAAACCAAGACGGAAAUAGUCGUGGAAUCUAAACUGAGGGAAGACAUAGAUGUUUCUCAAGAAGCCAGUCUAGACUACCUUCUAAGCAAGAAUGUCAAGGACGUGGGUCUGAAGGGCAAAUCAGCCGAGCGGAUGAUAGGAGAUAUAAUCAACCUAGGGCUGCAAGGGAGGGAGGGGAAGGCCAAGGUGGUCAAUGUGGAGAUCGUGGAAGAGCCCAUGAGCUAUGUAGGUGGUGAGGAGUCCCCCACCCCCUUUCAAGUGGAGGAGGCCGAUGACAUGACUCCCAGCUGCCCAGGGAUUGUGGAGGAAGAGAAUGAGGAGGGAGAGACGGGUGUCCCAUUCUCCGGUCACCCACGUGGAAGGACCAAGCAGCCCUGGAGAAACAGACCUCGCGUGGAAGAAGUGACAGAGGCAGGUGACUCAGAGGGAGAGCAGAGUUACUUUGUGUCCACCCCGGAAGAGCACCCGGGAGGCCCUGGCAGAGACAAUGAUGAAGGCUCGGUGUAUGGGCAGAUCCAUAUCGAAGAAGAGUCUACCAUCAGGUACUCCUGGCAAGACGAGAUCGUGCAGGGCACUUGUCGGAGAAAGAGGGGCGACGUGACGGGAGAGAAGGGCGAGGCCGUGGAGGCCGUGGAUAUCCUGGCUCCCUCCUUUGGGGGUGGCCUGCGUUCUGCCCACUGGAAGGAAGAAGCUAGUGGUGAAUUGCAUGCAGAACCCACCGUCAUUGAGAAAGAAAUCAAAAUACCCCAUGAAUUCCACUCCUCCAUGAAGGGGGUCUUCUCCAAGGAGCCCCGGCAUCAGCUAGCGGAGGUGAUUGGGCAACUGGAGGAAACCCUUCCUGAGCGCAUGAAGGAGGAGCUGUCCGCCCUCACCAAGGAGGGCCAGGGGGAGCCAGGGAGUGUCUCGGUGGACGUGAAGAAAGUCCACACCUCGGGGGGCGACACGGUGACCUUGGUCGCGGAGGUCAACCUCUCACAGACUGUGGAUGCCAACGAGUUAGACCUGGAGGAGCUCAGCCGGGAUGAAGCUGGGGAAAUAGAAAAGACAGUCGAGGCAGUGGUCAGAGAGAGCUUAAUCAAGCGAGCCAGCCGGACAGCUGGCAGCCCGGACGGGGAGGAGGGAGCGGAGGUGCCAGCUGGAGGCAUUCGCUUCAAGCGCUGGGCCACCAGGGAACUGUACAGCCCAUCUGGCGAGUGGGGUGACACCAGCCAGGCCUCUCAAAGCACAGAGCGGCCCACUGUCCAGGGCCCAGUGUCGGCCACGGUGGAAGUCAGCAGCCCACGGGGUUUUGUGCACUCUCACGUGGUGGAGGAGGUCAGCCAGUCUGUGAGGGGGCUGAAGCUAGGCCCCACUGCCACCUGGAGGACUGAGCAGGUCUCCCAUGGAGCAGCUGGUGCAGAGGUGUUAGAGGUAAGUGGGGACCUGAGGCCAGCAGGCAGCUCGGCAGGUGCCAGCCGCUCCGUGAGGCUCUUUACCUCAGCUUCCGAUCCCAGUCAGUUGUCCCCGGAAGUCACCUUCCCAGAUCCUGACCCGGGAGAGCCGGGCCUGGCAGAGCCACCUGCAGAUGUUGACACAUCUGGAAGGCCCAGCCCAUUUGGUUUCCAGCAGUUCCAGGCUAAAAAGGAAAUUCGCUUUCAAAGCCCCAUUUCUGGGUCAGCAAAUGUGGGGGGUCACUUUGAAGUGGAAGAGUCAGUGGGUGUCCACACUUCUGUCAGGCACCUUCAGUUAGGCCCUAAAGAAGGGUUCAGGGGAGAAAUCCAGUUCAUAGCCCUCCUCUCAGACCAAGUGGGGUGGGGGACCAGAGGGGAGUCACUGGGGAACAGCACACCUGUCACACACCUUACCAUGGAGGAGAUAGUUCCCCGGCCUGUGGAAUUGAGUGACUUGGGGGGCACCCUCCACAGAGAAGGCCCAGCAGACACAACCCGGGCCACUCACAUUUAUAGCACUGGUAGGAAAGUGCUCAUGACUGAACAGAGAACCUUCCAGAGGCUCAUUUCUGAAUCUCCUGGGGAGGACAGUGUGGGGAACAUGGGGAUAGAAGUGUCGGCGAGCGUGAGUCCAUCCUUCAGGCACAUUCAGCUAGAUCCAGCAGAAACGAAAACCUCUGAACACAUCCUCAUCCACGGACCCGUGUCUAAGACAUCCAUGCUUGGCGAUCCAGAGCUAGGCAAGGGGGAGGAUGGCAGUCAGAGCCCCCUGAGUCCCAGUGCACGGGGGCCCAAAGAAACUUCAUUUACUUUCCAGGUGGACCUGAAUAAUGCCAGGGCGAGCCCCCAUUGGACCCCAGGGGCCAGGAUGGAAGCAGCAGCUUCUGAGUCUGGUGGCUGGAGAGCCACAGACAAUAGGGAUGAUGGAGAAGCGAGCAGGAGCUUUCAGCCUUCUGCUGGGGAUGAAACCCAGUCCCCGGCAGACAAGGGGGCAGCGCAGGCUGGGUUUGACAAGACGGUGCAGCUACAAAGAAUCGUAGACCAAAGGUCGGUGGUUUCGGAUGAAAAGAAAGUGGCCCUCCUCUAUCUAGACAAUGAGGAGGAGGAGGAGGAGAGUGAUGGACAUUGGUUCUAACAAGCUGACAUGUUCUGAUUUACCUGGCAUCUUGUUUGGUGGCAUGCCAACACGGCUCUAAGGCUUUCCUGACAGGAGGCUCAUGAUCAGAAUGUCCUCUUUCUCCAUUUUCUUUGGAGAGCUCCAGGCAAUGUCAAGUUCACUUCAGAGUUAAUCUGUAAAGAUUCCAAGGGUAAUCCGUGCCUUGGAACUUUUACAAAAUCUUUCUGAAUCUUUUUAAUCCUAAAAAAAAAAAGUUGCUUUUUCAAGCUUGGUGGUCUAUAACUAAUUAAUGCCUGUAAUCCUAGCUACUCAGGAGGCUGAGAUCUAGAGGAUCACAAUUAG